AUGCUUCACCUCAACUUACCCGCACCCACCGAUGAUUCCUGGAUGAUUUUUUGGAGGAAAGCGCGAUGGGUUCUGCUGGGCGUCCUCGCUCCAGAAGUUCUCAUGCUUAUUGCAUGUGGACAAUGGUCUUCUGCACAUCGGUCCGUACUUCAGAUGCGCGGUAUGGGCUUCGAUAAGACCCAGUGGUCUCUGACACAUGCCUUUUUUGCCGAUAGUGGGGGGAUUGUAUUCCAACUUCAGCACGGAGACUACAUUCCGCUUUCAGCUAAACAAUUAGCAUGGUUGAUAGCACAAGGCUAUACCAAGCUGCCUGAGAUAAAGGAGAAAGAUAUCAGUGACAAGAGCAAGGCUGGUAUGUGCACAAAGGCUUUGGCAUUUUGUCAGACAACAUGGUUCCUGGUUCGACUAAUUGCCCGCGCAAUUGAAAAUCUCCCAGUGACACCUUUGGAGCUUGCCAGUGCUGCACUGGCUCUUACAUCUCUCACAACUCUUUCGUUUUGGGUUCGAAAACCAAUGGAUGUCCAACAGCCAUUCAUAAUAAAGGCGAGCCGGUCAUCCCUCACAGUCACAGAAUCAGAAUUAGAUGGCUUUUCAGAUAUCUGUGUCAAUGUUGCUACUUUAGAAGAAGUGGAGCCACGAGUCUAUAUAUCCCGCAAAUGGUCUCGCCGUGUCCUUGCUUUUAUCUGUCAAAUGGGUUUUCAAAAGCAAUGCAUGGACCGUAUACCAAAUGAUCGUGAUCCACAGCUCCUUGGAUUUUGUCAGCAUGCUACUCUCGGCAUCACCACAGCAGCUUUUGCGUUCAUACAUUUUGCCGACUGGCACUUCGACUUUGCAACCGAUGCUGAAGUUAUCAUCUGGCGGAUAAACUGCUGUAUCAUGUGGGUUCUACUUGCUACCUAUGGUACUGCUGAAGUCAUUAUAUGUUCCAGGGAGAAAUAUCAGAAUCUAGGCUUGGAUACGGCAGGUGGCUAUAAGCUGAAGUGGCCAACAUGCCUCUGGUUUUUUAUACCUGCUAUCACAUACUUCUGUGCGAGGUUAGUGUUAAUUGUGGGAGUUUUUGUGAACCUGAGGAGUCUUCCUGAGAGAGCAUAUUUGGAAGUCCAGUGGCCCGAUAUAGGAUAUCUAUAG